AGGUAAAGCAUGUGACCAAUCAGAGAGGACUGAUCAGAAAAAGGAGGGAAAGUGAUCAAAACAACCCCCUGUUCAUUUAGGAUCCUUGUUUACGCUCCGUAGUUUACCCGUACUGCGGAGUUGUACGCGUCUGCAGGCCAUGCCUUCUGUACGAUGAGCACAUCGGCGUACUUCAGGCCUGUAACACGCAGCCAGGCAGCCCAGGGCGGCAGCAAAUUCGCCGAUCUGAAGGCCAGAGCCCAGGCUCUGCAGACCACGAGGUCAAGAGGGGGGAAAUCAACACCCACUGCCCAUGGAGGACCCUCCUCCUCAGCAGAGCCAACUGGAUCUCAGAAGACUGCCCAGAAAAGAGUUAAACGGGAACACACCAAGAUAGAGUAUGAAGCCAAGGCAGAAGGGGAUGCAAAAGGCUCGGGCAGGUCUGCCAAGCCUAAAACAGCACCCAGCAGUAUCAAGAAGGAGAGGUGGGAGCCUGGGAGAUGGAGGGAACAGCUAGAGAACAUCAAGAGGAUGAGGGCAACCAGAGAUGCUCCUGUAGACUCCAUGGGUUGUCAGACUUGUCCAGAUAAAGAUGCUUCACCUAAGGUGAAGAGGUACCAUGCGCUCAUCUCCCUCAUGCUGUCCAGCCAGACAAAAGACCAGAUGACUUCAGCUGCCAUGAAGCGGCUUAUAGAGCAUGGUCUGACUGUAGACAACAUCCUGAAGACCAGUGACCAGAAACUAGGGGAGCUCAUAUACCCUGUGGGCUUUUGGAAGACCAAGGUCAAGUACAUCAAAAACACCACCCAGAUACUGAAGGACCAGUACGGAGGAGACAUACCCACAACGGUGGCAGAGAUGGUCAAGUUGCCUGGGGUCGGCCCCAAAAUGGCCUAUCUGACUAUGGAUGUAGGCUGGGGAAAGGUUGAAGGGAUCUGUGUGGACACCCAUGUACAUCGGAUCUCCAACAGACUCGCAUGGCUAAAAAAGCCCACCAAAGUGCCAGAAGACACAAGAGUGGCACUUGAGGAAUGGUUACCUAGGGAACACUGGAGUGAGCUGAACUGGUUACUGGUGGGUUUUGGUCAGCAGACGUGUCUGCCUGUCGGGCCAAAGUGCAGUGGAUGUCUGAACAAGGACAUCUGUCCAUUUGGAAAGUCUCAGCUCAGAUAUUCCAAAAACAAAAAGUCACCAAAAAAGUGACAGGUGCAAACAACCACCAAAAGCAAUAACAUACAAGGUCCAGUAGCUGGUACCAGCUUGCAGCGGUCUCAUUUAUCACAUUAAACAUGCAGUAACAUAUUACCUUGCUUUACUUAAAGGGCAAGCACUGCGGGAAGUACCUGUUAUGGUAUGCUACAUGAAUAUCGGAAUGGAUAAUGUUUACAUGUCCAAAUAACUGAACA